GUGCAAGAUAUCUAUAUAUCUUGUAACACAGAUUCAUCGACAACAGGCACUGUACGAGAAUUGAAAAUGCCCAAUCGCUGUGAAAUAUGCUGUGAGAUUAUGAUAGCCAUCUUACUCCCUCCAAUUGGAGUUUGCUUUCGCCAUGGAUGCUGCAGUGUGGAGUUCAUGAUCUGCUUGCUCCUGACCAUACUUGGGUAUAUUCCAGGAAUAAUUUAUGCCCUGUAUGCUAUUGUCUUCAUUGAUCGUGAUCAGUAUUUUGAUGAAUAUAGGCGUCCACUGUAUUCAGCGUAACAACAUGGUACAUACGCUGUUUGCCCCCUUUUAAUCCUCAAUAUAUGCUUUUGGUGGUGAUGUCAUGUAGCUAACUCUUAAACAAAAUGCACACUACUUGAACUGCAUUCUUAUCGAGACUGGACUAUGUCACAUUGUGAUUUACAACUUUUUAUCUUGUG